AUGUUCGCUGAAAUGGAGCGUGAAAGGGUGAUUCCGCUUGUUCGCGACAGCAUCAGCAUCCUACACCGCCAACGAGUGGCCAAUGUCCUUGCUCAUGAGCAAACAGCGGAUGUUGAGACCAGGACUGGACAUGUCGGGGGUACACGUCGGCGCCACCUCAUUAUGAAGGCCUUAACACAAAGCUUGAAAAAGUUCUCCUCAAAAGGGCGAGGCAAACAAAGCCUUCCUAGUCCUUAUGCCGGGCCAUCUUCCAAGCCAGUGUCACCACCAUUUGAUGAACCAAUGGAAUCGCCAGCUUCUCUGACAUCGGAUGCGCCGGCUGAUGAAGAUGAACAUUGGUUCAAUUUGUGGGAUAAGACGAACUUCCUGAAGAUUGGUCUCGAGGAUUGGAAAACUCAAAUGCUGAAAAUGAUUGCCCAUGUUGAUGAGCUCCAAGAUACCAAAUUUGGCCUGGAUACGUCCGCAACCUCGCCAGAGUUGGAUGCCAAGUUGGGAGCACUGCAGGAGACGGGGUCAAGAAUCAAGGAAAGGCUGGGCGAACUUGUUGACGAGUAUGAUGAAUAUAUCCGCAAGUGUUCCUACAUCAUAGAUGGCAUGAAGCUGGCAACCCAGUUGGAACUGAGCGAGAUUGAGCGCAACGAUGCGAAGACCAACUUGGAUAUUUCCAGAGUCAACCUCCGAGUCGCCAGCAUGACUUGUAGAGACAGUCGGCUCAUGAGAUCUAUGGCAUUUCUGGGCGUGGUCUUCCUACCAACCACACUCAUCACCGUAUGUACCACGCUGGAUAAAGAUUAG